CAUUGUUAGAGCUGUCACCCCAGAAAAGGCUUCUCCAGUGGUCCAUUAUAAAACCCCUGGAAAAGAGAGGGACGGGCAAGAGCUCCUUCAGUCUGCCCUCUUGGACUCUAACUACACACGCUUGUGCAGUGAAACAGUAGCGACACGUGAAUUCUUCUCUUUUUUGACGAAAACGGUGCAAUGAUGUUGCCAAGUAUUCUUGCGCCGCCUGCUAUGUAUCCAAACUUUCUGCGGCCCUCGGCCGGUCUUUCCUUACCACCAACUUUACAGUCGGCUUUUACCACGCACUCGAGUUUUCUGGUGGAGGACCUGUUGCGGAUCAGCAGACCUGCCACCGUCAUGCACAGGAGGAUCCCGUCCCCGAGCGCAUCUCCUCCGACUACGGGAGCCACAACUUUGAAUAACUCUGCAGUACACGUCUCCAUGUUUACGUCUUUGCCAAAAAGACCAAGCUCGCCAUCACUUACCGGCAACGAUCCAAAUUACUUGAAAUUUGGAGUGAAUGCGAUUCUCGCGUCAACACCACGAAACGCCUCACCGCCACCAUCAGUACAGAGCAUGAGUGCAAAAACAUUUCCCUUCCCUUGUUUUGACGGCUCAUUCCACCCUUUCAUCAGAUCAGCAUAUUUCCCAGUUUCGUCUUCAGCAGUGCCAAUUCCCGGAACUUUCACAUGGCCGCUGACAGCCAGAGGGAAGCCGAGGAGAGGAAUGCUUCGCCGGGCCGUUUUCUCCGACGUGCAGCGGAAAGCUCUGGAAAAGAUGUUUCAGAAACAGAAGUACAUCAGUAAACCAGACAGAAAGAAACUGGCGACGAAACUCGGCCUCAAAGACUCUCAGGUAAAAAUUUGGUUCCAGAAUCGACGGAUGAAAUGGCGAAAUUGCAAAGAAAGAGAGCUUCUUUCGUCAGGUGGAUGCAGGGAACAAACCCUACCGACGAAAAUGAACCCCAAUCCUGACUUGAGCGAUGUCGGGAUGAAGUUUGAAAAUGACUUGCUGAGAGAAGAAAGCCCGCGCGCGCCAUUCUGCGAGUCUCGCGGAGAUCACGAGCUCGUCCGCGACGCAGAUUUACAUUUCACUUCAUCUUCCGUCUCGAGCAAGCACUCAGAUUUCUCAGAUUCAGAAGACGAGGAAAUAACUGUAUCAUGAUCACACAAACAAACUUUGUUUAGUUUAUGCACACAACUGGAAAAUAACUUUCAAAUAAUGGUCGUCCUUCUCUGACUUCUGGUCACUUGUUGAGGAGAAUAUUACUGCUGCGUUUUGGCAGCUUGUAAAAUAUUUCGUACGAAUAUUUGGAAUACCUUUCUUCUUGAUUUUAAAUUGUUUUUCUAUAAUCUUAAAUA